AGUAUAUCAUUAGAUCAAUGGGAAUUAUUUAUUGACAUGUUUUGUUGUAGCAAUAUCUAAGUUCUGUCUGGGAGCGAGAGUGACGCAUAGACAUUGAUAUAUAAUUUAAUUAUAUAUAUAUGUCAUGGCACUCUGUUGUCUUAUUCUUCUUCUUGGUUUAUUUGCUCCCUUCCAUCCUAUCUAUGCCAAAAUUUCCUCCACUAAUGAACUGGCACAAGUUCAAAAUGAAAGAACAAUAAUUGUCAUGAAACUUGACCCCAAAAUCAAUGAAAUGGAGGUCAAGAUGCAUGGCAUUGGUACGCCUCGUCAAACACCAGAAACAGCUAAUAAAACAACAGAUGUGAAUGUAAUAUCAUACAAAGACAAAGGUCAUAUUCUCACCCGGGAUCAUCAGCGCCACUUCCAAAAUGUUUACAGGAUUCUAAUCCUCAUAGGAUGGGGCACUUUGCUACCCAUCGGGGUAAUCAUUGCAAGAUACUUGAGAAAUUUUCCUGUUCUGUAUGAUGUAUGGUUCAAGUGUCACCUAGUGUGCCAGACUUUGGGAUAUAUUCUUGGCACAAUGGGGUGGUGCAUGUGGCUGGGGCUUGGAAACUCAUCAAAACAUUUUGUAUCUAAAACACAAAGUAUUCUCAGCAUCAUUGCUUUCACAUUCAUAAACGUACAAAUGCUUGCCACCUUCAUGCGACUAAAUAAAGAAGCGGGGUAUUGCAAGUGCUGGAACAUAUGUCACCAUCUUCUUGGGUAUGCCAUAAUUGGAAUAGUUAUAGCAAACAUAUCUGUAGGGUUCCACGAUGAAACGUUGAGACGGGUUUAUGAGGGAAUACUUGGAGGUUUGACUGUGUUAGUUGUCCCGCUUGAAAUUUAUAGAUGCAAGACUAAGAUAAUGCAUCAUGCUGUGAUUAUUCACCGUGAAUUGUGGAACAGAGAAGGAAGUUAUUGAUGAAACAGUGUUGGUGUAAUCGUGAAGACACGUGGCUCUAGGUUACUUAUUCGAAUGGGAAAUGCAAAUAUGAGGAUUCAAAAUGAACUAUAUACUACAUCCAGGCUAAGGUAGUAUUUCAAGAAUUUUCUAAAAUCAUUUUUAUAAGUUCAAGCUCUCUUUUCAAGAAGGUAAAAGAGAAGUUAAGUCAAAUAAUUUUCGAGAAACAAAAAUAGUGGGUUUCCUUAGUCUUUUCUGUAUUCCUGUAGUGCACAUAUCACCGUGGCCAAAUUCAAUCGUCGGUGAGUUAUAUCGGAUCGUAACUCUUAGGGUUUAGUCAUUUGUCAUAAAUACUUGUAUCCACAACAUUUUACACCACCAUCUUUCAUGUAAACAACACUUUUUAUGUGAGUUCAAGAAAACAUAGAUCCAUAGGUCCAGUGAUAUAAAAAGUCUAUACUUUUUAUCUCGAUCGAUAAACUGGCACAAACAGUAUGUCCUUUAUUAUGCUUACCGAUCAAUUUUAUAA